AUGGAGUAUGUUCAUGCGCUGGCUUGCGCUCUUGUUCUCACCGCAAUAGUCACAGCCGAAGCUCGCCGACUCAACGAGUGGGUGACUCACUUUGAGCCGCUGUUGUACGAACCACUGCGUAUUCAUCGUCAACACGUGCGCCUCAGGAGGUCCCUGCAGCAGCAGCAGCAGCAGCAGCAGCGGCAACAACAACAAAGUGCCAUCUUCCUGCGCUUCUGGGCCUUCGACAAAAACUUCAUACUGAGGAUACGGCCAGAUUCGUCGUCCUUUCACGAAGACUUCACGCUCGAGACGGAGACGUUGGGCAAGGUCAGACCAGAGCUCGGACACAUAUACAGCGGGCAACUGGUCGGGACCUUCUACAUGGAGCGAUCGCGCAAGCUGUUUGACCGCCGCACGGAGCCGCCCUUCCACUCGCUCAUGUACUCGCGGGACGACGUGACUAUUCCUGCCGUGUGCGGCCUCGUGGAAGACGUUCGGACAUGGAUGGACAUGCAGGCUCCCGAGCGCACAGCAGCCGAACAACGUUCCGACAGAGCAACGAUGCGGCGCCUCCUCUCUUCCACGGGCGAGCAGCCGAACACGACGAGGGCGCGAGGAGGACGGGACCGGCGCGUGUGCAACCUGGAGGUGAACGUGGACCAUCUGCUGCACGCGCGCUUCCUGGACGAUGCCCGCGGAGAGGGCGGCCGCGCCCGCGAACGCAUCACGGCGCUGGUGGCGCAGCACGUGGCGCGGGCCUCGGACGUGUUCCGCGCUGCUGACUUCGCCGGCGUCGAAGACAUCAGCUUCAUUGUGCAAAGGAUUAGGAUCAACGAUUCGCACAGCUGCGCCACCGGUAAAACUGCGCAUGGCAACCCGUUCUGCGCUCCAGCGGCCGACAUCGGCUACCUGCUGCACCUGACGUCGCUCUCGAACCACGAUGAGUUCUGCCUCUCGUACACGUGGACCUACCGAGACUUCUACGGCGGCGUGUUGGGCCUUGCCUGGGUCGCCAAUGCAGAACGUAACUACGGUGGCGUUUGCGAAAAGGCGCGACCGUCGGCAGUAUCGGUGGCCGGCAGCACCGAGGUGCUUAGGCUCAGCACCAACGUCGGCGUGCUCACUUUCGUCAACUACAACUCGUUCGUGGCGACCGUCGUCUCCGAGAUGGUCUUCUGCCACGAGCUCGGCCACAGUUUUGGCGCCGACCAUGACGCGCCCCCGGGACGUUCCUGCUACGGCACCUGUGCCCCUUGUGGCGAGGAAGGAAACUACAUCAUGUUCCCUUCGCCCUCUCAGGGCAAAAAGCCAAACAACUACAAGUUCUCGCAGUGCAGCCGGAACAGCAUCGGCCGCGUCCUAGCGCCUAUGGUCGCUGGCGAGAGCGCACGUGAGAACUGUCUGCAAGUCAGCGGCGAGAGCGCUGCGUGCACCCCGGGUCGAGCCAAGGCCGAGACGACUCCGUGCGCCGGAGGCACCCGCGUCUGCGCCCAGGGCGAGUGCUCGCACUCGGUGUGCCUCAAGUACGGACUGCGCGAGUGCAGCUUAGCCGGCGACCGCUACUCCGCCCAACAACUCUGCCUGCUCGCCUGCCAAGACGAGUUCGGUUCCUGCAAGCCCGGCUGCGAUCUGGCUUCGCCUUCGGCUCGUGCGGCGCUGUGCGGCCUGCGCCUUCCUCCGGGUUCCCCGUGCAACGAACAGCUGGGCUACUGCGACGUAUUUCAGCGUUGCCGUCCGGUGGACGAUGAAGGACCACUGACACGCAUUCAGCGCCUCUUCUUCGGCACUCCUGUUAAUGCUAUAAGACUUUUCAUCGUGGACAGCCCACUGCCCGAAAAUUCAGCAGCCCAGGAGGAACGAGGCAAGACUGCACAAAUGGCCGUUCUGGAGAAGUGGGCAGCCGGGAACGUACGAGGCAUCAGCCAACUGCCAAAGUCACUGGGACGAUCUGCUGGCAUGAACGGCAGGCCGGAACAGCUGGCAGCCAGGAACAGUAUCCGGAGCGAGCACGCUCGGGUUCGGGCCAAAGCUCGAGUGGGCGGACCAUCCGCCGAGAGGGCUCGCUGGAGGUGUCUGCGGAACAGAAGAAGUGGGCAGCCGGGAACGUACGAGGCAUCAGCCAACUGCCAAAUUCACUGGAAGACAGGAGCCAGGCCACAGCAGGGAGGACCUGGUACAGCAGGCCACAUGUCGGACCCUCCCAGAGCAGUGCUAGUGCUGUCGGUCUCUUGCUGGCUGCUGGCCCUGGCCUUCCGCUGCUGCGCCGCCCUCACGCCCACUGACAACCCCCACAAGAGUCGUCGCCAGCACAUCAUGCAGCGGAGCGCGUGGGACUCAUUGCCUAGGUGA